AUGGGCCAGAAGACGUCCUUCUUCGACAAAGAUGGCAACUCGAUCGACCAAUUGGCCGCCGCCCUCCAAAGCAACAUCAACGCUUUGGUCAGCUCUCUCCUUCAUCUACGACUGCAAGCUCGCGCUCGUGGCCUUGUGCAUGACCGUCCAAUUCAACAUAUUCGCGGGCUCCUACCGCGUGCGCUACGAGCUGCAAUUCAACGCCAUGAACGAAACCGUGUUUCGCGAGUCCUCAAAGUUCGGCGCCGAGUCCAUCAGCGCUUUUGGACUGUCACGGCGCUGGUUAUGGCGGAGAACAUCCGCUCCCGCUACGAAUCCUUGCUCAAUACAACGUCGUGUCAUAUUUCUGUCUAA